AUGACUGACGAUGGGAGACUGGGGAGGAAGAGGAGUUUCUCUCUGCUGCGUUGUUGCUCUCGCGCGUUGAAGCGGGUGAAGGAUGCCACAAGCGCGUUCCUCAGAGCUCGGUCGUCUGUUACCAUUGCCAGUGUCCGACAGACGCCGGAGGUGAUUAGUGACCCGGCGGACCCGGCGUUUGUACCCAAUGCCCGACAGACACCGGAGAUUAGCCGACAGACGCUGGAUGUAAGGCAACUGCACGGAGCGUUUCUGGCUGCCAACAAGGGGGCUUUCGCCUGGUGUAACCCGGCUGGUGGGGUGAUCACCUGGGGCCCGCGCUCAUACGGAGGUGAUAGCAGUGCUGUUCGAUACUGUCUGAAAGGUGUACAGCAGAUACAAGCUUCAGAUCGUGCCUUCGCCGCCAUCUUAAGUGAUGGACAGGUCGUCACAUGGGGUGAUCCUGAGUAUGGAGCUGACAGUAGGGAGGUUCAAGAUCGUUUGCAGGGUGUGCAGCAGAUCCAGGCCACCGGCUCUAGCUUUGCGGCGAUUUUACAAGACGGGCGUGUCGUCACCUGGGGCUCACCAGACCAUGGUGGAGACAGCGAUCAGGUGCGUGGGAGGCUGAAAGAUGUGGUGCAGAUUCAGGCGACGGCCGGUGGUGGUUUCGCAGCUCUGAGGGCCGAUGGGCUCGUGGUGACCUGGGGAAAUCCUGAUGCAGGGGGCAGCUCUAGAAAAGUCCAGGGCCUCUUGAAGGGCGUAAAGCAGAUCCAGGCGACGGAGAAUGCCUUUGCGGCGCUUUUGUCUGACGGUCGUGUCGUGACUUGGGGCGAUCGAAAUUUCGGCGGGGACAGCCGAUCAGUUCAACAGCAGCUGAAAGGCGUGCAACAUAUUCAGGCAACGGCUUACACCUUCGCCGCUGUGUUGGGAGACGGAAGCGUGGUGCCAUGGUCGGAUGAGAAUCUGGGCGGUGACCGGCGCAGUGUUCGACAUCUGAAGACAGUCUGUCAGAUUCAGGCGAGCACUGUUGCUUUCGCUGCCAUUCUCCAGGAUCGAAGUGUGGUGACCUGGGGUGAUCCAGGACUCGGGGGUGACAGCAGCGGGGUCCAGAGCCAGCUCAAAGAGGUCAAAGAGAUCCAGGCUUCCGCCUAUGCCUUUGCGGCUAUCUUACUCGACGG